AUGACGGCAUGGAACAUCUUCCGCAUCACGGGCGAUCUGUCCCACGCCCUCUCCAAAUGCAUCCUCAUCUUGGCCAUCCACCGCAACCACAGCGCCGAGGGCGUGUCCUUCAUCACUCAGGCCCUCUACGCCCUCGUCUUCUGUUCCCGCUAUCUCGACAUCUUUAGGGAACAUUCGGUCUGGAACCUGCUCUUUAAGAUAUUCUACAUCACCUCCUCCUUCUACAUACUCGGAGUCAUGCAGUGGCUUUAUCCCCGCUCCCGCGAACGAGAGCUGUCCUGGAAGAUGGGUGCCGCCGUCCUCGGAGCCUCACUCCUGCUUUCGCCCUUUAUGAUGAUGAUUUUCGAGAAGGUCUGGAGCUUUCGAUCGUGGAUGUGGGUAUUUUCCGAGAUCCUCGAGUCCGUCUGCGUCCUCCCUCAGCUGCUUCUCCUCCGGCAAACAACCGUCCCCACCGUCAUCGAUUCUUUCUACCUGCUGGCGCUAGGCUCCUACCGGGCCCUGUACUGCAUCAACUGGUUCGUCCGCGAGUUUGACAACCGCAAGCCCGACACCGUGUCCGUCAUCUUCGGUAUCAUCCAGACGGCUCUCUAUAUCGACUUUGCAUGGGUAUACUACACGCGCCAGAGGGUGAAGCUCCGUGGCGGCGGCAUUGUCGAUGCCGACGACAUGCGUCGGGGAUGGCUCCUGCGCCGCAUCUUUGGCAAGAACGUCGACGUUGCCGACGAUGAAGAGGGUGCCCCCGCGCUGGGUGGUCAGGGCGGUGACGGCAGACGCGAAGGCCGGCCCAAGUGGGGGGCCCGCGGCAUUUCAGUCAGCGCUGAUGAGGGAGUGCUCGAUGCAGAAAGGAGGAACCGUGCGGACGCCGAGGAUCUGGACGAGGGAGUCGACCCGGACGCCAAGAUGCAGGAUCCAGACGAACUGGCCAAGGCGCUGGAUGACGACGACUUCCCCGUCGCUGAAGCCUCUUCGCCGUCGUCGCAGAACAACGGCCGAGGCGUGCCGCGGGGACUUGGGAACGGGAACGAGUGGCGCGAAUAG